CCGUAAGUUGUUCACUUUCUAGGCUACGGUUGCACCGCUUCAUUUCACUUUGUUGUGCUAGUCUCAGAGCUGUUAUUUUAGAGAGAGAGAGAGAGAGAUAGAGAGAGACAGAGAGAAGAAAAGAGCUCCAAAAAUGAGCAAGAACUUGUCAUUACUGGAUGAACUCCGUGGAUUCGAAAAGGGUUGCUUCUUCGACCUUGGCCACCCUCUCCUCAACCGCAUCGCCGAGAGCUUUGUCAAAGCCGCUGGGAUUGGAGCAAUUCAGGCGGUGUCUCGUGAGGCUUAUUUCACUGCAAUUGAAGGUAGUGGAUUUGAUUCAAGUGAUGUGCCGCCAGAGCUGUCUACUGAUUCCAAGAAGCGCCACCGAUUCCCUGACCUCAAAGGAGAAACCAACCGAAAUUCUCUUGAAGCCUUGGUGAAGAGCACGGGAAAAGAAUCAUUACAGUGGGGACUGGCUGCCGGGGUGUAUUCAGGUCUCACUUAUGGGCUAAGAGAGGCUCGUGGAGCUCAUGAUUGGAAAAAUAGUGCAGUGGCUGGAGCUAUAACAGGCAUGGCAUUGGCACUUACAACAGAUGAUGUCUCCCAUGAUCAUGUAGUUCAAUGUGCUAUCACUGGAGCCGCAAUUUCCACUGCUGCAAAUCUUCUGACUGGGAUAUUCUGAACCUCGAAUAAUGUCUCAAAAUGCGGCUGCUACUUAAUUUCUAGUUUAAUCCAUAACAUAAUUGCUAUUUUCUUGAGCAUGCACUGCCUUGGAUUUCUCUUUUGAACUGAUAUUUUCUAUCAUAAUGGGGAUUAAAAUACUUGAAUAUUUUGGCCUUCCUGUUUGAUAAAGGCAAAUGGUUCAUUUGUAGAUGAUUGUUGAAUCUAAUAACGUUGCUUAAA